AUGGAGGACAAGAUUAUUUUCCUAUCCCGCACUAUCACUUUCGCAGCUGCCCACAAACUGAGCAGCAAGCAUUUGAGCCAAGAUGAAAACCUGAUCACCUUUGGGAAAUGCAAUCACACCCACGGACACAACUAUCAAGUGACGGUCACUAUACGUGGAAAGAUUGACCCCAUCAGUGGCAUGCUGAUGAACAUUUUGAAGCUGAACGAAUACAUGGAGACGGCCAUCUUCGAGCCUCUUGAUCACAAGAACCUGGACGUGGAUGUGGGCUAUUUUGCCAAUGUUACAAGCUCGACGGAAAAUCUGGCCGUGUACAUCUGGAACAGCAUGGAAAGAAUCCUUCCCGCGGGGUGCCUCUAUAAAGUGAAGAUCUAUGAAUCGGACAAAAACUUUGUUGUUUUUAAGGGCAAGUAA